GCUCCAGUCAGCUUUUACCAGCAGCCGGUGCUGGAAGGCUGAAGAAGGGAGCAGUGAAGGAGUGGAUGAGACAACAGCUCCAGGGGGAAAGUGCAACUCUCACCUCAUUGGCACAAGCGUAUUUUUAGCCCUGCCUUCAGCCUCUUCCACUUGACACUCAUUCUCUGUCCUCUGUCAUUGCUGGGAGCGAGCCAUGGACAGGUCUCUGUGGUCACUUGUGCUGCUGCUGCCAGUCUUGGGAUUCUGCGGCGCUUUGCCGGCUGACUGGCUGCCAGGAAAUUACUCUACUACCCCAGAAGAUGCAGGGACGUUUGCGUUUGACUACAACAGCACUGCUGAGCAGGUGUUGUUCAGAAGUGUCUCAGCCAGCUGGAACUACAACACCAACUUGACGGACUUCAACUCACAGCUGCAGGUAAAUGCAUCCUUGGAGGAACAGGCCUUCACUGAAGCCUGGGGGUUGAAGGCUAAGAAGGUCUUCCCUCCUACGUUUCUCGAGACACUACCUGAUAACUCAACCAAGACUCUCAUCAGCAAAAUCAGCAUAUUGGGAUCUGCCAACCUGCCCCAUGAUAAAAGACUCGAGUAUAACACGAUUCUCAGCACCAUGGACAAUAUUUAUUCAACAGCCAAGGUGCAUCCAAAGCCAAACAUAAGCUGGAGUUUGGAACCUGAAUUGACAGAAAUCAUGGCCAACUCUAGGAGCUACAAGAAGCUCUUGUUUGCCUGGGAGGGUUGGCACGAUGCAGCAGGUACACCACUCAGAAACCACUACCCCAGGUUUGUGGAGCUCAGUAACGAGGCCUCUAGAGCCGAUGGCUACGAGGACACUGGUGCUUACUGGCGCUCAUGGUACGAGACGAAAACCUUUCAGAAAGACUUGGAGAAUCUCUACAAGACCAUUGAGCCGCUCUACCUGAACCUACAUGCCUUUGUACGCCGCAAACUCUACAACCACUAUGGUCCAAAGUACAUUAACCUCAAAGGACCCAUCCCCGCUCACUUGCUAGGAAACAUGUGGGCUCAAACUUGGAACAAUAUCUACAGUAUGAUGAUCCCAUUUCCUGGAAAACCCAACAUUGAUGUGACUGAUGAGAUGGUCAGACAAGGAUAUAAUGCUACGCACAUGUUUCAUGUCGCUGAGGAGUUCUUCACCUCUCUGGGUCUGAUCGAGAUGCCACAGGAGUUCUGGGAUAAAUCCAUGCUGGUAAAGCCUCCUGAUCGUGAGGUAGUUUGCCACGCGUCUGCCUGGGACUUCUACAACCGUAAAGACUUCAGGAUAAAGCAGUGCACAACUGUAACUAUGGAGCAGCUGUUUACUGUGCACCAUGAAAUGGGACAUGUCGAGUACUACCUGCAAUACAAAGACCAGCCUGUAGGCUUCCGUAGGGGAGCCAACCCUGGUUUUCAUGAGGCCAUUGGCGAUGUUAUGUCUCUCUCUGUUUCUACACCUAAACAUCUGCACACCAUUGGCCUGCUGGGCAGUGUGACCGAUGAUAAAGAGUCUGAUAUAAACUUCUUGUUCAAGACUGCUCUGGAGAAGAUUGCUUUCCUACCUUUUGGCUACCUCAUUGAUCAGUGGAGGUGGAAUGUGUUCAGUGGAAACACUCCCAAAGAGCGUUACAACGCUGACUGGUGGUAUCUCAGGACAAAAUACCAAGGUAUCUGUCCGCCUACUAAGCGCACAGAGUCACAGAUGGAUGCUGGGGCAAAAUACCACAUUCCUGGUAACACACCAUACAUCAGAUAUUUCGUCAGUUUUAUUCUGCAAUUCCAGUUUCAUGAGAAGUUGUGUGAGGCGGCUAAACAUACCGGCCCCAUUCACAAAUGUGACAUCUACAGAUCCAAGGAAGCAGGAGCAAUUUUAGAGAAGGUACUUAAGGCUGGAUCUUCCAAACCUUGGCCUGAUGUGCUGCAGGAAGCUAUAGGAACCAAUAUGAUGGAUGCUGGUGCACUGAUGAGAUACUUUAAGCCAGUUACUGAUUGGCUGAAAGAGCAGAAUGUGAAUGAGACUCUGGGGUGGCCGGACUUUAACUGGAUGCCACCGAUUCCUGAGGGCUAUCCUGAGGAUAUUGAUAAGAACACAGAUGAGCUUUCCGCGAAGAAGCUGCUAGAUGAGUAUAACGAGACGGCCGAGGUGGUGUGGAACGCCUACACGGAGGCUUCGUGGGCGUACAACACUGACAUCAAUGACGCCAACAAGGAGGCGAUGCUGCAGAAAAACCUGCUGAUGUCGAACCACAGCCUGGAGUACGGACUGAAGGCUCGUCAGUACGACACUACUGACUUCCAAGAUGGCUCGGUCAAACGUAUAAUUAAAAAACUAGGAGACAUUGAGAGGGCCGCAUUGCCCCCAGAACUCCUAAAAGAGUACAACACUCUGUUGUCCAACAUGGAGACCGAAUACAGUGUGGCUGAAGUCUGCAGAGAUGAUGGAACAUGCCAUCCACUGGAUCCAGAUCUCCAGAAGAUCAUGGCUCAGUCCAGAGAUUACGACGAACUGUUAUUUGCUUGGAAAGGUUGGCGAGACUCUGCUGGCAAAGCUGUCCAUCAGCAUUACAAGAGAUAUGUCGAGCUAGCCAACAUGGCUGCCACGCUCAACGGCCAUACUGACAAUGGGGCUUUCUGGCGCUCCCUGUAUGACACUCCGACAUUGGAGCAGGACCUGGAGACUCUGUGGAAGGAGCUGGAGCCGCUCUACCUGAACCUGCACGCCUAUGUCCGAAGAGGUCUCUACAAAAAGUACGGCGAAAAGUACAUCAACCUAAAAGGACCUAUUCCAGCUCACUUGCUAGGCAACAUGUGGGCGCAGACGUGGUCUGGCAUUAUGGAUUUGGUCAUACCGUACCCAGACGCCACACAAGUCGACGCUACGCCAAACAUGGUGAAACAGGGCUGGAAUGCUACCAAAAUGUUCCAGGAAUCGGACAAAUUUUUCACCUCUCUGGGGCUUUUGAAAAUGCCCAAAGAGUUCUGGGAAAAAUCAAUGCUGGUGAAGCCUUCUGAUGGACGCAAGGUGGUGUGCCACGCAUCUGCAUGGGACUUUUACAAUCGGAAAGACUUCAGGAUCAAGCAGUGUACCGUGGUGACGAUGGAUGACCUCAUCACUGUGCACCAUGAGAUGGGUCACGUCCAGUACUUCCUGCAGUAUAAAGAACAGCCUGUGUCCUUCCGCGAUGGAGCCAAUCCUGGAUUCCACGAAGCCAUUGGGGAUGUAUUAGCCCUCUCUGUGUCUACACCCAAACAUCUGCACAGCAUUGGCCUCCUGGAUAAAGUUGAGGACAAUCAUGAGAGUGAUAUCAACUUCCUGAUGAGCAUGGCCUUGGAUAAAAUUGCCUUCCUGCCUUUUGGUUACCUGAUGGAUCAGUGGAGAUGGAAGGUAUUUGAUGGCCGCAUUUCCACGUCAGAGUACAACAAGGAGUGGUGGAACCUCAGAAUGAAGUAUCAGGGACUGUGUCCACCUGUAACCCGCAGUGAAGAUGAUUUCGACCCGGGUGCAAAGUUCCACAUUCCUGCAAAUGUGCCUUACCUGAGGUACUUUGUCAGCUUCAUCAUCCAGUUUCAGUUCCACAAAGCUCUUUGUGACGCUGCCAAACACACGGGGCCGCUGCAUAAGUGUGAUAUUUACCAGUCCAAAGAGGCUGGAAAGCUGCUGGGCGAUGUGAUGAAGCUGGGCUACAGUAAACCCUGGCCAGAGGCCAUGACCAUGAUCACGGGCCAGCCGAAAAUGAGCGCUCAGCCACUCAUGGAAUAUUUCCAGCUGCUAAUUGCCUGGCUGGAAGAGGAGAACAAUAAGAACAAUGACGUACGUGGGUGGCCCGAGUACGACUGGAGCCCUUCAAGUAAAGUUGUUCAGACUACUAAAGUGGACUUUCUGGGAAUGAACUUGGACAAGUCAGCUGCUAUAGCUGGUCAGUGGAUCCUCCUGGUCCUUGGACUGGUCCUUUUGGUAGCCACCAUCCUACUAGCCUACAAAUACAAGAAGUCAAGAAAGCCUGAAAAGUCCAUGUCUACAUUGGAGCUCAAGCAAAAAGAGCUUGACGGCUGAUGUAAUGCUGCAUUUGAUGGGAACUGGGUGCUCAAAAUUUCCAACAUCAAAGAAAUCCCCACCAGAGUUCAAAAUUCCUCUUUGGUGACAUGGGAAUAAUUUCUCAUGAUGUUUGCAUAUGACAUCAUUCUCCAUAAUGGCAGCUUACACAGUAAAAGUUAUCCAGCAUGUGACAACACAAUCACAUCUUUUGAUUGAAUUUAAACGUUAACAUACCUCUUUUGUUCUUCUGUUUCUUCAAUUAACUCAAACACUUUUAUUGACAAGGAAUUGCUGCUUGCAUGUUUUUCCCCACCAAGGUUGAAAAUUCUGAAAUUUUGAAUUCUGACUUUUAUACUUCAUAAGUACAUCUAAUGCAGCAUAAGUCCUAUCUAAAUGUAGCUAGUGCAGUACCAACCUCAAUGUGAACAUCAUUAACUACGUGUAUACGGCAGCACAUACUCGUAUGAUCAAAACCGACUUUUAUUUCUGCCUCCCAAUCUUAUUUUGUAUAUUUGUUGUAUACUUUUUUUUUUAUUUUGAUUUUUUUUUUUCUGAUGCAUAAAUGAAUCAUAAAAUUUUGUAAUUGUUGUAAUAUUUCACCGUUCUGGGGUGGUGUGAGGGGAAUGUUGUAAAAUGU